AUUGUUUUUUUGUUUUUUUGUUUUUUUUUAAUCUCUAAAUAAUUAUUUCAAUUCACGAAAAACUGCAAUUGGCAAAAAAGUUGGGAUUUGUGCAAAAUAUUUGUACACGUCUGAUGCUUAUAUGUAGCCUCCAUAUCAGUAAUUGCAGGGGUGGUUGUGGUCUCCGAGAGAAGAGAGGGACUGGGGAUUGGGAAAUGGGAUUGGAGGUUUGAGGGAGAAAGAUAGGGUUUUUAGUCUCGGUUCACUUCCAGGCGAGAGAUUCAUUGUUUCCGGUGGUUUCACCGUCUAAAAUUUUCCAGCUUUCUGCGUUGGGUUAGUGAAAGUUAGAGUCUUUGUUGAUGACCUGAAUGUGGGAUUUUCCCAAUUUUGUCCCCUAAUCAAUCAUUCCCUUUAACUAAUUCAUUAAUUAAUACUCCGUAUAUUUUAUUGUUUGUCAAUGUUUCUCAAAUCAUUUCAUUGUUACUGAUUUGUUUUUGAAUUUUCGGAGUGCUAAGCAGAGUCCACGUAUGUGUGAAAACUUUGAAGUGUAUUCAAGAAGAUUGUUUUGGAAUUUUGAUUCCGACUGAAAUGAGCUGGUGUGUUGAUGGAUUGGAGGUGAAUUACUGCAAAAAUUUGGCCUGAAUUGGUGGAUGGAUGAAUGAUUUGGUUUUUUGAAGUAGCUGUAUUGUAUCAUCUUACUGAAACCCUACUUUUUCCACGAAUUUUUGUUGUCUGAUAGUUGUUGGUUUUGGUUUGUUUUGUUUUGCUCCAUUGGAAUGUUUUGUUGAUGAUCAUGGAAUUCAGUUCUUGGGACUUAUAUUUGGAUUGUUUUUAAACGAAUUCUACUCAUAUCUGAAGAAAUGGCUGUUUCUCUGUCUCGUUUCACAUGGUGGUGGUGGGGUGGAAAAGAUAAAGAGCCUGCACCUAGUGGGUCUUCUGUGCAAGAUUGGGGGUUCGGGUUCCGGGAGCAAGGCGAUAGUUUGAAGUUCAAUCCGGUGAGGGGUCCCGGCCCCAAUGUGACCUCUCCAUCUAGGAAGGUGAAGAGAAAAUGGAAGAGUAGGGAAGAGAGGAGAAGGGUAGAUAAGGAGUAUGAUAUGGUGUUGGUGCCAUCUGAUGGUGCCUGUUUAACUGGAUCCGAAUCCGAUGACUCGGACUGGUCAAUUGGGUGGCUAGAACCUCAUGCCCCUGGUUUCCAGAGUGAUGACGAGGCCGAGGAUAGUUUUGGGGUGCUGGUUCCUUGCUAUCGGAAUGGAUGCAAGGCACUCGAGGUUGAGGAGGAGUCAAGUAAUCGGUUUUCGAGUGCCAUUAAGAGCCUUCCUAUUGAGUACUCUACUGAUGCCAAGGAAUACAUGGAGCAGUGGCUUUCCUCGCUAAAUAAUUUUUGAAGCCGCUGCACGGUUGGUCUCCACGCGAUUAGGACUACUAUCGUUUCUUUAUUAGAUUAGAGUUACAGCGACCUGUCAGAUCUGCAUCAAUGUCAACGGUUUUUGAAGGGACCGACGAGGAAGGGGUGAAGCGCUUUCGAUCUGGUGAUGAUAAUGCAUGAACUUGUAUCUCAGGACUGAUUGCAGUAUACUUUGAUUCUCAGAUUACCCUGUAGUGUAGACUGGAUGAGUGGAAAUUGGCAGAUCUUGUUGAUUCUUUAGUGUGAAUACAGCUGCUGUAAAUAUAUGGAAACAUGCCUAUGCUUGAGACUUGUUACUUGCUUUGUGAAUACAACUCUUUCUUCUGAUCUCAGGACCAAUGAAACAACAUUGCUACUA